UGUCAUGGGGUGCUCUGACUUCCUCGCCGGAGGAAAAUAUGUUUGGAAAUGAAAUAUGUUUGGAAGUUUUACCUCCAGACACCGGUUGUGACUCACAACUCUUCUUACUUCUAUGAUUUCCUCUUCUCACCAAUCCCACCCACCAAUGCCAGGAUGAAUAGCCCUCCCACAAUCCUUUGCGCGUGGGGAGGCGUUGCUUCUGUUUUUCCAUACAUCGCGGUGUGUCUGCUUGAGGGUUUGCCCUUUUUGGUGUGAACGUUGUAGCCGCGUAGCCAUGGAGGGCUGCAUUUGGAGUGCCGUUCCUGCGGGCAAGGAAUGGCUGCCUGCCGGCGUGUGUGCGCAUAUGUAUGAAAAGUAAAACAGUUAGAGGUAGACGAAGCGUGGCGUGGCCAUUUUGCGGUUUAAAUUCUUCAGUAGCCUCGUGCAAUGGUCUUCAAUUUUCAUCCCUUCCGCUUCCCCCCCCCCCAGCAGCUGCAGCUGCAGCUGCAUCCGCCCCUUCUCCGUCGUAUUAGCGCAGGAUGUCCUACAUACAAAAACAAGACGUCUUAAAGGCUAACGCGUUUCAGUUUGUCCUUUCCGCUUUCAUGGGUCUGCUAGAGGCCUCUUCUGACUGCAGGAGAAACUACUUCUGUGGCUUGUACAAAAGGGAUACAUGGACAGUAAAACGUGAAGAUGACAUACGAAAAUUAUGACAUACUGUAAUUUGGGUUACGUGUGCUUUAAGGAACCAUAUAAAUGUAUGCUGUAAAAAGGAAGAAGCAGAGAGCUUUGGACAUUCAUGGCAUUUCCACGUCAUUCUCACAUUCUCUCCAAACAACUGUUUGAACUUUGCUCCCAAAAUAAAGGUGCCUUUAUUUUAGGUCUGAUCUAAAAACGAUAUGAAGCUUUGUUUUCUUCCACAAUGUAUACGUUCAUUAUAAUGAAGGAAGAAAAAUGGAAGACAUCGGAAAAAGCCAAUGUGGCUACACGGAAGACUGGUGGAGGAGGUAAAAGUAAAAAAGAGCAUGUAUAAAGAAUGGAAGGAAGGACGCAUCACCAAGGAAGAGUACCGACGAGCAGCUCGGGCUUGCAGGAAUAGCGUAAGGAAAGCUAAAACCCAGAAUGAGCUGAGGCUGGCGAGGGAAGCGAGGAACAACAAAAAGGGGUUUUUCAGAUAUGUUCGAAGCAAGAGAAAGACCAAGGAAACAGUGGGACUGCUGCUCAGUGAGGAUGGCAAAAUGUUGACAGAUAACGAGGAAAAAGCAGAACUGCUGAACACCUAUUUUGCCUCCGUUUUCUCCCAAAAAGGGAACAGUGUGCAACCUUGCAACAGUAGCAAUCUCAGGAAGGGGUCGGGACUGCAGUUUGAGAUUGAUAAGGAGAUAGUCAGGAAAUACCUAGUUAACCUAAAUGAGUUCAAAUCUCCAGGGCCUGAUGAACUGCAUCCCAGAGUAUUGAAGGAACUUGCGGAUGUACUCUCGGAACCUCUUGCCAUCAUCUUUGAGAAAUCAUGGAGAACGGGAGAGGUGCCGGAGGAUUGGAGACAACUGGUUGGAAAACCGUACUCAAAGAGUGGUCGUUGGUGGCUCUGCUUCGGACUGGAAGGAGAUCUGCACAGAGAAAGUACUCUUGACGCUGCUGGAAGCUAUAAAUUUAUUGAAUUCCUGAUCUGCAGACAACUACCAUGUGGGCAGGGCUGUUUUCAUCCUCUGUCAUCAAGAACUCAAGAAAAAGAAGAAAAAAUAGCCACUAUGAUUGUGAGUAUAGGGAGUGCUUUAAAAGAGUAAAGGUUCACUAUCUGCUGUGUCCAGCUUGCGUUGGCUACCCUUUCUCUUGACCAGCUUCUCUUGCAGCACCUCCUGUGAACUUUUCAUUUGCCCCUUUUUCUAAGUUCCCUGGCUUCUCUGGCUUACCCCUGCCCUCCAAUUCAUUCAGAUUCCUGUUUCCCACUCUAUUUCCUACACAUUGACACUGGCUCCCCUGCCGCCUUGUUCCCAUGGAUCUCUUCCCAGUCUUCAUGGUUAGCCUGGUUCCAUUUCAAACUGGCUUUGAAGAAUAUAAUGUGGCUACAGUCUUAGCUGCAAGUUUUAGAUUGCCAUUCAACUGUGCAAAUGAUCAUUAUAAAUAGUGCACCUUAUUUAACUUUUCUCAUGCAAAUGUAAGUACUACCAAAAUAGGGUGUGUGAGAUUUGCUGGUAGAGUCAUCAGAAGCAGUCUUAGCUGGCUGGCCCAGGGCCUUUCUAUAGAGCAGAGAGUGUGGACUUCCGGGAAGGGUGACUUAGCCUGUGCCUGCUUUUGAGACGGGCUCCUGCCUCAAAAGAAGCUUAUUCAGAUAUAUCAGUCAGUUUUUUCUUUUUUUUUUGACUGAUUAAACUUCUCCCGGGUAGGGAGAAACGAAGAGAUUAACCUCAAAGCCUAUUUUUGUUGGGACGACCAGAUCUCAUUAAUUUAUGGGACGAGGUCCAGCCGACGAAGGUGGGACGGAUUUUUAACAGCAAGCUCUAUCUGAUAAAGCGAACGUUCACCUUAUCUUCU